CACUGAACGAAUUUGUUUAUGCGAAAAAACCACGCAAGUUCCAAGCGAUUGGAUAUUUGUUGGUGGGCUGCUGCUGGUGUGUCUGACGUGACCGUGUCCAUGUUAAACUAACCGCAAAAUGCUGCGCAUACGUCGACGCUUCGCACUGGUGAUCUGCUCCGGCUGCCUGCUGGUCUUCCUCAGCCUCUAUGUGAUCCUAAACUUUGCGGCGCCGGCGGCCAAUCAGAAAAAGCCAAACUUCAUGGCGAUCGAGAAAAAGCUGCAGCAGUCGGAGAAUGGUCUGCAGGAGCACGGAGAGGAGAUGCGCAGCCUGCGCGCCCGCCUAUCUAAGUCCUCGGCCCGUGAGGAGCCGCUGAAAAUGCCGCUUAAGGUGCCCCGUUCAGCCACGCCAGGCCAGUGCCAGGAUGUGGUGCACGAGGUGCCGGAGGUGGAAGUGCAGAUGCUGGAGCUCUACGACCGGAUGUCCUUCAAGGACAUCGACGGCGGAGUGUGGAAGCAGGGCUGGAACAUCAAUUACGAUCCGCUCAAGUACAAUGCCCACCACAAGCUAAAGGUGUUUGUGGUGCCGCACUCACACAACGAUCCCGGCUGGAUCCAGACUUUCGAGGAUUAUUACCAGCAUGACACCAAGCACAUCCUGUCCAAUGCGCUUCGCCACCUGCACGAGAACCCCGAGAUGAAGUUUAUCUGGGCGGAGACCUCGUACUUUGCGCGCUUCUUCCAUGAUCUGGGGGAGAACAAAAAGCAGCAGAUGAAGUCCAUUGUCAAAAGCGGCCAGCUGGAGUUCGUCACCGGCGGAUGGGUAAUGCCCGACGAAGCCAAUUCUCACUGGCGCAAUGUCCUGCUGCAGCUGACUGAGGGCCAGACCUGGCUUAAGCAGUAUCUGAAUGUCACGCCCACCGCCUCCUGGGCCAUCGAUCCUUUCGGCCACAGUCCCACUUUACCUUACAUCCUGCAAAAAAGUGGCUUCAAGAAUCUCCUCAUCCAGCGCACACACUACUCGGUGAAGAAGGAGCUGGCUCAGCAGCGACAGCUGGAGUUCCACUGGCGCCAGAUAUGGGACAACGAAGGAGACACGGCUCUUUUCACACACAUGAUGCCGUUCUACUCGUAUGACAUCCCCCAUACUUGUGGUCCCGAUCCCAAGGUGUGUUGCCAGUUUGAUUUCAAGCGGAUGGGCGCCUUUGGUCUGAGCUGUCCCUGGAAACUGCCGCCGCGAGCCAUCGUGGAGGGGAAUGUAGCGGCCCGUUCGGACCUGCUGGUGGACCAGUGGAAGAAGAAGGCCGAGCUGUACCGAACCAACGUGCUGCUGGUUCCUUUAGGCGACGAUUUCCGCUUCAAACAGAACACCGAGUGGGAUGUGCAGCGGGUGAAUUACGAGAAGCUCUUCGAUCACAUCAACAGCGAGGCUCACUUCAAUGUGCAGGCACAGUUUGGCACCCUGCAGGAGUACUUUGAUGCAGUGCACCAGGCGGAGAAGGUAGGCACGGCUGCCUUUCCCACGCUCAGUGGCGACUUCUUCACAUAUGCCGAUCGCUCGGACAACUACUGGAGUGGCUAUUACACCUCCCGGCCCUAUCACAAGCGCAUGGAUCGUGUACUGAUGCACUAUGUCCGCUCGGCCGAGAUGCUCUCCGCCUGGCACUCCUGGGACGGGAUGGCGCGCAUCGAAGAGCGCCUAGAGCAGGCCCGCAGGGAGUUGUCGCUGUUCCAGCAUCACGACGGCAUUACCGGCACUGCCAAGACGCAUGUGGUAAUAGACUACGAGCAGCGCAUGCAGGAGGCCCUGAAGGCCUGCCAGGCGGUGAUGCAGCAAUCGGUCUAUCGCCUGCUCACCAAGCCCUCCAUCUACAGUCCAGAGUUUAGCUUCGCUUACUUUACGCUGGACGACUCACGCUGGCCGGGUUCGGGCGUGGAGGAUAGCCGCACCACCAUCAUCCUGGGCGAUGAGCUACCAACCAAGCAUGUGGUUAUGCACAACACCCUGCCCCACUGGCGGGAGCAGCUGGUGGACUUUUAUGUGUCCAGUCCGUUUGUCAGCGUCAGUCACCUCUCAAACGAUCCGGUGGAGGCUGAAGUGUCUCCCGUUUGGAGCUGGCACCAUGACACGCUCACGAAGACCAUCCAUCCGCAGGGCUCCACCACCAAGUAUCGCAUUAUUUUCAAGGCUCGAGUGCCGCCCAUGGGACUAGCCACCUACGUUCUGACUAUCUCAGAGACUAAACCAGAACACACAUCCUUUGCCUCGAAUCUCUUACUACGAACCUUACCUAUAUCCGUGCCUUUGGGCGAAUAUCCCGAAGAUGUAAAGUUCGGUGAGCCUCGGGAGAUAUCCUUGCGUGUGGGAAAUGGUCCUACCUUGGCAUUCACAGAACAGGGUCUGCUCAAAUCCAUUCAGCUGACCCAGGACAGUCCGCAUGUUCCUGUGCACCUCAAGUUCCUAAAGUACGGCACUCGUCAGCAUGGAGAUCGAUCUGGAGCCUACCUGUUCCUUCCCAAUGGACCUGCUAUGCCUAUACCGGCCAACAAGCCAGUGGUCCUUGUUACGAAGGGCAAACUGGAGUCAUCAGUGAGUGUUGGACUGCCCAAUGUGGUUCACCAGACGAUUUUGCGGGGUGGAGCGCCGGAAAUUCGCAAUUUGGUGGACAUCGGUGAGCUGGACAACACGGAGAUUGUGAUGCGUCUGCAGACGCAUAUCGACAGCGGCAACAUUUUUUACACGGACCUCAACGGAUUGCAGCACAUUAAGCGGCGCCGUUUGGAGAAACUCCCUCUGCAGGCCAACUAUUAUCCCAUUCCCACUGGCAUGUUCAUCGAGGAUGCCAAUAUGCGGCUUACACUUCUUACGGGGCAACCUUUAGGUGGCUCUUCCUUGGCUUCUGGCGAGCUUGAGAUCAUGCAGGACCGCCGCCUGGCCAGUGACGAUGAGCGAGGACUCGGCCAAGGCGUACUGGACAAUAAGCCGGUAUUGCACAUAUACCGCCUGGUGCUGGAGAGGAUCAACAACUGUGUCAAGCCUUCUGAGUCCCAUCCGGCGGGUUACCUUACCAGUGCCGCCUACAAAGCCUCACAAUCGCUGCUCGAUCCCCUGGACAAGUUUAUAUUUGCUGAGAACGAGUGGAUUGGAGUGCAGGGGCAGUUUGGCGGCGAUCAUGUGUCAGCUAGCGAGGAUCUUGAUGUGUCCGUGAUGAGGCGACUAACCAAGAGCACGGCCAAGACGCAGCGCGUGGGCUACGUCCUGCAUCGCACUAAUUUGAUGCAGUGCGGCGCCACAGAGAAUCACUCUCAAAAGUUGGAUGUGUGUCACCUGCUGCCACACACGGCCAGAUGUGAGCGCACCACGCUCACUUUCCUACAGAAUCUGGAGCGUUUUGAGACCAUGGUGGCGCCAGAGGUGUGCCCCAUGGAAACGGCUGCGUAUGUGAGCAGCCAUACGAGCUGAUCAUCAUGGAUCCACCGGCUAGAAGGAGCGAUGGAAAACGAGAUGCAGCAGCCCCUUAAGGAUAACCUAUGAAUCUCGGACGCAAACUCACUGCAAAUACAGGCAAUCUAAGUUUAACGUUCAACACAAGCACUGAUCGCACCACACACCAGACCAUGCGUAAUCCAAAAACUACGUAUCAUUUAUUUAUUCAAGCUUCCUCACCACAAGGGAUGGACUAAAGGUCCCAUCCUACUUAUGACGCAGCAAACGGCGGUUGUGCGCACUCGUGUAACUUCAGAUUUUACGUUCUUUUCCCCUUAGGUUUUUACGUUUUGUGAUAUCCCUCCAGUCCCACAAUAAGCAAUACAUGUCUGUCUUCGGUAUCCCGCCCCCGGGAUAUCGCCUAAAAAAACUCUGAAUCGUAACUAUAACUUAUCGUAUAACUGUAAUUGUAGCCUUAGUGAUAAUGACGCAAAUGCAAUGGCAAUGAUAUUACUUGACAAUUGUUUGUAACAAAUCCAAUAAAUUGAGUCUCAUUUUAAAAA